AUGAAGUGGACUCAAUCGAUUGUGUUGAUCUGUUUUGCGCUUCAACAAGCUUGCACAAUUCAAGCAUAUGUGAUGCGUUUACCAGACUAUUCUUCUAUAGGUUAUGAUGAGAAAGGAAUGAAUCCCUUAGAAGAUGAUGAACUAGACAACCACCAAAUUUCAACCAAUGGUUCAAUGUUGGGUAAGCCCUUUCAUCGUUCUUUCUCAGACCUAUACAGGAUCGGACCGCUUACUAGUGCUAGAAAGAUGAAGAAAGUUAUCAAAAUUACAGAUGAUGGUUUUGAGUUCGAUUUAGUAGAAGAAGACGAUAUGGAAUCAAAUCUGUCACAAGAAGGAGAAUCAGACAGAUCUCAAGCAAGAGGAGAAGUACAAUUAGUGAAGCGUACUGGAACAAGAGGAGGUAGAAGAAAAAGAGUUGCAGCACAGAAUAGAGCAAUGGAAGCAGCAAAAAAUGCUCCAGCAAAAAAUGCUCCAGCAAAAAAUGCUCCGGCAAAAGGUGGAAUGAGUAAAACUAAAGCUGGACUUCUACUCGCUGGAGGUGCAGCUGCAGGAGCUGCUGCAAUAGGUAUGACGAACGGUUCAUCACCACCAGCAGCAGCCAAGUGA